AGUCGGACUCUAAGUAAUCGAGCUUUCUUUAUCCCGUCGAGCUUAUUUCACGAAAAUGGCGAGUUCAGGCGCGGCGGAGCUGAAGAAUCUGAAGUUGUAUUCUUACUGGCGAAGUUCUUGCUCUUUCCGUGUUCGAAUUGCUCUCAACUUGAAAGGUCUCGAUUACGAUUAUUUAGCCGUUGAUUUACUCAAAGGAGAUAAUCAUGAUCCCGAGUUUAAGAAAGUUAAUCCAAUUGGUUAUGUGCCUGCUCUGAUUGAUGAGGAUGUACUCAUUGCAGAUAGUUUUGCAAUAAUACUGUAUCUUGAGGAGAAAUAUCCUCAACAUCAUCCAUUGUUGCCAAAGGAUCUUCAGAAGAAAGCGAUUAACUAUCAGGUUGCAACUAUUGUUGGAUCAAGCAUUCAGCCUCUUCAGAAUCUUCCUAUCCUGAAAUUUAUCGAAGAAAAAGUUGGUCCUGAUGAGAAAGUUCCUUGGGUUCAAAGCCAAAUCGAGAAGGGUUUUUCAGCUGUUGAGAAGGUAUUACAUGAGCAUGCAGGAAAAUAUGCAACUGGAGAUGAAGUUUGCUUGGCCGAUGUUUUUCUAGCUCCUCAGAUAUAUGCAGGUGUCAACAAAUUCAAUGUGGAUAUGACCAAGUUCCCCCUUCUAUCUAAGUUGAAUGAAGCAUACAUGGAGCUGCCUGCCUUCGUCGAUGCUUUGCCAGAAAAGCAACCAGACGCCCCUCCUCGGUGUUAAGGGAAUCUGGUAAUCCUCGAUCUUAAUCAACUGUCUUUCAAAAACACUUUUCCUUUUGCAAUAAUACUAAAUCUAAUACUUAAAUGACAGUAUGUUGCCAAUGUUAGGGCUUGUUUGAUAUAUAGGGUUAUUUGAAAAUAAUAUUGUUUCUUGAGAAACCGGAUUAUUUGAGUCAAAUUACCAAAAUACCCUUGUAUGUAUUACUUUAAAAACAGUUUUUAAUAUUAAAGAUACAAAUAUUAUAGUGUUUUA